AUGACAUCCAAACUCCUGGCUUGCGUCUUACUUCUGUCAGUCCUUUGCACAUGCUCCAAAACAUUUGAAAACGAGGAAGACUACGAGGAUGUCACUGUGAACCAGAUGCUGGCUCCCAAGUCCCAGCAAACCGACGCCACGGAAAUACUCAAUAAUUUACUGAAAGAAUAUGAUAAGAAGCUGCGCCCGGACAUCGGAGUAAAACCAACUGUCAUUGAUGUUGACAUAUAUGUGAACAGUAUCGGGCCGGUGUCUUCGAUAAACAUGGAAUACCAAAUCGACAUCAUCUUUGCCCAGACGUGGACGGACAGCCGCCUUAGAUACAACAGCACAAUGAAAAUCCUGACGCUGAACAGCAAUAUGGUGGGACUAAUUUGGCUCCCCGACACCAUUUUCAGAAACUCCAAGAACGCCGAUUCCCACUGGAUUACAAUGCCGAACCAGCUGCUGCGGAUAUGGAACGACGGGAAGAUCCUCUACACUUUAAGGUUGACUAUAAAUGCUGAGUGCCAGCUGCAGCUGCACAACUUCCCAAUGGACGAGCACUCGUGUCCGCUCAUCUUCUCCAGCUAUGGAUACCCACGAGAUGAGAUGAUUUACAAGUGGAGGAAGAAUUCUGUGGAGGCUGCGGACCAGAAGUCAUGGCGUCUCUACCAGUUUGACUUCAUGGGCCUGAGAAACACCACAAACAUCAUCAAGACGACUGCAGGGGACUAUGUGGUGAUGACCGUGUACUUUGACCUGAGUCGGAGAAUGGGCUACUUCACCAUACAGACCUACAUCCCGUGCAUCCUCACCGUGGUUCUCUCCUGGGUGUCGUUCUGGAUCAAAAAGGACGCCACUCCAGCCAGAACAGCUUUAGGUAUAACCACAGUUUUGACCAUGACGACUCUCAGUACUCUGGCCAGGACGUCACUACCCAGGGUGUCUUACGUCACUGCCAUGGACCUUUUUGUGACUGUCUGCUUUCUGUUUGUCUUUGCUGCUCUGAUGGAGUACGCAACCUUGAAUUACUACUCGUACAGCCUUCGACGACCAAGCUACAUGCAGCCUAAAAGAUCGAGAUACUCUGUCCUGGAUGUGAGGCCUCCUCCACACACUGUCAUCACUUUGAACAAUUCCAUGUACUGGCACGACUUCGAGGACGCCUGUGUCUACGAGUGUCUGGAUGGAAAAGACUGCCAGAGCUUCUUCUGCUGCUUCGAGGAGUGUAAAGACGGCGCCUGGAGAAAAGGACGUCUCCACAUAGACCUACUGGAACUGGACUCGUACUCGCGCGUGUUUUUUCCCACCUCCUUCUUGCUCUUCAACGUGGUGUACUGGGUGGGCUAUCUUUAUCUUUAG